AUGGCCGAGUCUCAAACGCACUUUCAGCCCCAAGGCGGGCUUCACAAAUUGAAGCAGGAUCUCCAAGAGGUGGCAAACGCGCUUGGGAAGAUCUACAUCAAGCAAUCGGCUUUGCUGCUGUACUGGGAAGAUGACGAGACUAACGCCCAGGCCGAUGUUAACACCAUGAAAGACUUUUUGAUAACCCCGCUUGGUAUUGAAUAUAUCAUUUUGAUGCUGAAGAAGAAUUGCCGGACCCCCGGAUGGGAUGUUUUGGAUGCGAUGCGAAAGAUCCUUGCAGAUAGACACAAACCGGCCAUGCAACCAUCUCUGCUUGUGCUGUACUAUGCAGGCCACGGAAAAUUACAGCCAACCGGGAGUUUACGCUGA